AUGGAUAAUGAUAUAAACCUAUUGGACAUUCCAUUAUCUUGGCUUACAAACGAAUCUCGUAAUUUGUUAUCAUACUUACUAAACACGAGAAAAAUAUUGCCAAGUGAUACUCCAGAGAAAUUGCCCAGGGAUUGGCGAGGACUUGCAUCUUUAGUGAAUAUAUCAACAGAAAUAGCAACCAGUAUCAAUGAAUACCCUGAUAAAACUGCCAAAGUCUUAGAAAUAUGGAUGAAGCUAAAUCAAAACACUGCCAAAGUUGGCUAUCUUAUGCAGUUCCUUCAACAUUUGGAUAGAUAUGACAUAUAUGACGACUGUAUUGAACUUUAUAGACAAGGAAAGCUAAUAGCAAGGCCAAAUGAAAAUCACGGAAACCCAUCUUUAGAGGCUCCAGAGGAUGACAGACUUAUCACUUAUGACGACAAGUUGAGUGGUGAACCACAAUUUUAUCAUGCCUACGUACUCUACGCACGAGAGGAUAAGGAGUUUGUGGAUGAACUACUAAGGCGGAUGAGAGCAGAUGGCUUGAAGCUAUGUACGGAAGAUGACUUGCUACCAGGUCAUGCAACACAGUACGCUCCGGUUUCCCGGCUCAUAUCUGAGCGAUGCCAGAGGAUUAUCCUGGUGUAUUCUCCCGAGUUCCUAAAUAGUCCCGCUAAUAGUUUUUACACAGACUAUGCACAAGCCGUAGGCAUAGAGAAGAAACAACUAAAGAUUAUUCCGCUCAUGUACCGCGACUGCCAGUUACCGAUGCAGCUGACCUAUUACCACAAGCUAUACUACAGUCCACCUGGUCAUAAAGCGCCUUAUGACUUUUGGCAGAAACUCAGCCAUUCCCUCCAACUAACCAAUCUACCCAGGUUAAACAGCACAAGCUCCAACCAUUCCACAGUCAAUAUAUCAGAAGUGUCAUCAAAUAGUAUGUUCGAAUCGAGACAAAAUUUGAACGGCUACACUCCAAAUAAACCCCCGUAUUUAGAGUUGCCAAGUAUACCCACAACAAAGAGUAUCUCUAUGUCUGAUCUUGAUAGUUGCGAAAUUAAAAAAAUACCACUCGAUGACAGUAAAUCAUUAAGCAACGUGAGUCAAAUAAGCACUGGCAAACAAAAGAAACCAAGCAAAAUUAGGAGUUUCAUUAACACAUUAAGAAAAAAGAAACCAAAAAAAGCAAUUAUGGUUGAAGCAUAA